UAUAUCCCAGUGCUGUGUAUAUGACGUCAUUGGGUUCAAGAAUUUACUGCAAAAUCAAUACAAAAAUAUAUUUAACAAAUGCUUAACAUUUGUUGCCAUUUAUUGACACAUAUAUUGUGUUUACACAACACUAUUGGUUGCAAACAAUCAAAUCAAGUGUUAAUAUUAGCGGUAAAUCAGUCGCCAAAGUGGUGACCACUCGUCAGUCGUCAUCGCAGUUGUGCUACUAAUUGGUUACCAUAAAUGGUGACAAACUGUGCACUGUUUUGCAUCGCAACCACAGAUCUUAUGAUAUUAUCAUAAAUAUAUGUUUAAAGAGACAAAACUGUGAUGAAGUUGUUGUGGUAGUGAUCACAAUCACAUCCACGACGACAGGUGGCCACCAAUCGACACAUGAUUGUUAUGCAGACAAAUGAAAUGCUGAUCUAUAGUUGACCUAUAGGUGACCUAUAGGUGAUCUUGAAAUAACUGGUAACUACUAUCACAGUGUUGGCCACAAUGUCGUGUCGCCGUCUUUACGAGUCGUGUGUGUCGAUUGUCUCGAAGAUUGAUUUCAUUGUUUAUGAAUCCAAUUCACUCAAGUGUUUGCCAACAAAUGUAUUAUUUGAUGUCUUGUAUUACAUGUCAUUGAAUGGCAAUUAUUACUAUUUGGAGAACUAUUUCAUUGAUUUAGAUAUCAUUUAUCGAUUUAUCACUGAAAUCAAAGCCAAAAGAAAUUCAUUGCAUUAUAUGUUUCAAAGUCUUAUGGAUUUUGAUCUCAAUAUUGGCACCAAAAUUGUCAAUAAAUGGAAAUAUGUGGCACAACAUCAUGUGGUUAAAGACAUUAAUAAUAUCACUGCGAACUCUUCCAGUAGUUUAAAGAGUCUAAAUAGUGAAGCAAUCGACAGAUGGACGGCCAGUAAAUUUGGUCUCUGUUUCGCCACAUUUCUUAAGGAGAGCGGUUGGUAUGAAUUGAGUAGAGAUGUCUUGGAACAGACUAUCUGUUUAUAUGAAGACGAAGAAGUGGGAAAAGAAGAUAAAAUAUUUGAUAUAAUAUUUGAAUGCAAAUGGAAAUUGUUAUCAGUUUUGAACUCUUUUUGUAAUUUUGAAGAAGCGAUGGAACAAAAGGAUGAAAUACUUGAAUUAAUCAAUUAUUUUGAACUCUUCAGUGAUUCAAAACGAUUCAAUAUAUCUCAGGUUUACACAGAGUUUGCACAGUUAUUCUUCUUCCAGAGCUAUUACGAUGAGUCAUACCAGUGGGCCGUUCGGGCCAUUGAAAACUUGUCGCCACAAACACCCGUCCAAACUGUAAUAGAUGUCUACAGACAGGCGGCCAAAACAGCGGUCGUGAAGAGAGACUUUAAAAGGGCUGAAACACUCAUAAAUCAAGCGAUGAUUUUAUGCAAAGAGACAUUUGGUGUGAAUGAAGAAAAUACUAAGUAUUCAAUUGGUGUGAUUCACCUGAAACUCGCCGACGUCUUCCUCGACUACGGCUUUUAUUUGCUAAAUGUUGAUCUCAUCAGUCAUUCGGUAAAAUUAUAUGAAAUGGCUCUCGAAAUACGCGAAUACAUAUUUGGCUUAAAUGAUAAUAGCGUUACAAAUCUCUUGAUUGCCAUAACUCAUGAAGAAUUAGGUUACGCUUCAUAUGUCCACGAAUACAGUAGUGGCAACUUCUUAAGCGCCAGUUUUCACGCUAACAAAGCUAUGGCUAUUGUUACACAAUUAGUGCCAACAAAUCAUUUAUUACUGGCAUCUGCUAAACGAGUGAAGGCAUUAAUUCUUGAAGAGAUAGCCAUUGAUCAUCACGACAAAGACGAAGAGUGUCGUAUGUUGGCUCAGUCACGGGAACUGCAUUUGUCAGCUCUCGAUAUGGCCAGAAGUGCUUUCGGUGAGAUUAAUGUACAAACAGCCAAACAUUAUGGAAAUUUGGGCCGACUUUACCAAUCAAUGAAACGGUAUAAAGACGCUGAAGAAAUGCACUUAAAGGCCAUCCAAAUCAAAGAGAAACUUUUGGGUCCCGAGGAUUAUGAAGUGGCCCUAUCUUUAGGUCAUUUGGCAUCACUUUAUAAUUACGAUAUGGAACACUACCUAAAGGCUGAAAAAUUAUACUUAAGAUCAAUUGAAAUCGGAGUCAAACUGUUUGGUCACGGAUACAGUGGUCUUGAAUAUGAUUACCGCGGUUUAUGUCGAGUUUACUCUAAACUACAAAAUGGAGGCGAAUUACACAAAUAUAUGCGAUUACUUAAUCAAUGGAGAGAUUUACGCGAAGACAUCACUCGAGCGGUUCACGAGUCGCCACCAAUUAAAGAUCUCAACAAAAUGAAGAGAUUAUCACCCGAUAUGGUCAUCGCUAUCAUCGAAAAACAAAUGACCACUUGAUUGAAGCCUUAAUUGUUAUUCAUAAAAAUAGGUCUUUAUUUUGAAUUUA